AGAAGAGAGCAGGCGCAGAGUGCGCAUGCGUUUACUAAUAUUAAUGGAUGGGGGUUUAAUAGUGAAUGGAGCAGAACCGUAUAUUAGUCUGAGUCUUUUGAAAUCGAAAAAAAAUAAUCAAGAACUGUCACAAAACAGCAUGAGUGGCGUUGGGUUUAACUCCGGUGGGAGCACGGGGCUGAGAGCCGGAUUGGGGCCAGGAGAGAGCUCGGAGGGUAUCGACAAAAUCGACAUGUCUCUGGAUGACAUAAUUAAGCUGAACAGGAAAGAGCAGAAGACUAUUAGAGCAGGAAACCACAAGCUCCGGGCAAAUGGCCAUUUUCAGCAGGGAAGGAGAGUCGGAUCCUGGCCUGGAGGAGCUGCGCAGAGAGGAGCAGGUUCAGCACGGCUAGGAUCACGAGGGCGAAAAAUCGCCGCUGUUGUUGGACGGCGCCGAGGACAAGGGGUCAUCACUGGAUUAGCGGCUCGACGAAGUGCUGCACUCCGCAAAGGUGUCGCUCCGUUUAACCGACCGGCACUGACUCAGAGACCGCGGACCCUCGUUAAGCAUCGUGCAACACUAAACAGGCAGACGGACAUCCAGAGGCAGGCGUCCCGGCAGACAGAUGCACAGAGGGCAGCUGCCGCAGGUCUGCACAGACCCAUCCAGCUGCGCAGGACCCCAGCUCCAAUCCACCAGACCCAGAGGGACGCCAGGCAAGCCACCUUCCUCUACCGGAGGGGCCUCAAGGUCUGCACCCAAGUGCAAAGCCCCCCUGCACCCCCAGCCACACAAAGGACACGCCCGUGGCGCACCUCGACAACUAACACUGGAAUUUUGACGGUGUCCAUUGACAACCCAACAGCCAGAACGCAGCCUGAGCCACCCCGAUCAUGGACAUUGCACCCCCACAUUCCAACCCCAGGUUCGCUAAAGGAGGAAGAGGAGGAGGGGGAGGUGGAGAAGGCCCCCCCCAAGGGAGUGCCGCUCCAGUUCGACAUUAACAGCGUGGGCAAGCAGACCGCGAUGACCCUGAAUGAGCGUUUCCGCAUCCUGAAGGAGCGGCGCACGGCUGCCCGGGACGGCAGAAGCAGCCGCUUCGUCACCGUGGGUUAGCCUGUCCUCCGGCGUGGACGUUCGCGGGGGGGGGGGAAAACGCAGGACCGUUUGGGGUGGGAGGGGGCAAACGGGCAGACGCGGCCCCCUCCCGUCCUGACAUCACCCACACACACCAGACCUGGGCCACAGGGACAAGUCAGAGAUGUUGACGACCAGCAUUUUAUUCAAUCCAGUCAUUUUUCAGGGGGCCAUCGUAUGAGGACAAGGCGAGGAACAAGGACAGACUGCACAUCCCUUUAAACUCAGCAGAUAUCCGGAGUCGAUGUUCCUCGCAAAUGAUAUAUUUUUGUUUCAAUUUUUAAAAUGUUUAUUUUCCUGAUUAUAUGAGCAUUGUUAAUGCGUUUCAGUUUUUUUGUUCUUUGGGAACAUCCUCUACAUUUGUCAGGGCUAAUUUUACUUUUUUUUUUAUUUUACCGUGUUUUAUUUUGGAAUGUGGAGGACGUUACAUUGUCCACGGUUUCCAUUGAGCUUCGUUUGGUGCCAGGAAGCAGUGUAAGCAGUAUGCACCAGAAAAUGACUUCACUUACUCAGCAUCCUUUACAAAACCAUUUUAAAAACAAAAAAAAAAAAAAAAACUAUUUUGUCUGUUUUAUAAGAAUGUUUCAAAUAAAUGUGCCACGUUGUU